CUCGAGCGUUCCAGCCAGCCUCAGGCUUCUCCCUUGGAACAAAAAUGUCGACUCUCAGACAUCUUGGCGGUAUCACGUUAUACGAACGAGCCGACACUGGUUCUUCCCGUGGGGUAGCCCAUCGAUCUUUCGGAACGUUACCGCUCGUCAUCAAGGGGCAACACAGAUAGCCUACACCGCACUCACUAUGUCGCUUGCAAAAGUAGAUAUUAUCCCGCGAAUGGACUGAUAUGAAAGUGGCUUUCGCAUCCUCGUUCCCAUUCUUUCGUAUGACCAUUCGAGGGCCCUUUGUUCGUUCUGCGUCUUCUGGAGGUGGCACUUUCAAUCCUCUCCCCACGGGAACUUCACCUACGUUUACAGCUGCAGGAUUACCUAUUCCACCAACCUCAGAUUCGUCCUCCAGCUACUCAUCAGAUAGGACCCAACACACGAAUCAGCAGAGUAUACAAUCGUCGACGAGUCCGUUAUCGUUACCGGCGACAUCCAGACGAAUCCCCAGCGCCUCAAUAAGCACGCCAUUCUCAUCAUUGGCACGGUCAGAUGGCUUAUCAACUAAUUAUAAGGGGUCAGAGGCGAGCACGGAUACGUUAACAUCCAUUUUGCCUUCUUCACACUCAUCGAUGAGCACUGGUGGAGGAGCAUCGACAAAUGGGCCACCGCCAGGUGACGGAAUUACCACUUUAACGCCACCUGUAAGCACGGGUCGGACUUCUCAAAACAGUCCUACUACUUUCGACCCUUCAAAUAGUGAUUCCACUACGAGCGUCUCGUCAGAUACUAGUCCUUCACCUCCUAGUGAGGAAUCUUGGCCUAGUCCAAGAGAUCUUCCCUCAAUAAAACUGCCGAGCUCGCUGCCUUCGGUCAUAUCUGCCUUGCCUUCAUUCACAUCCAUCCCGCCACCCUUGACUAUACCGACUUCGCCACAAUUAAUGAUACCGACUUCGCCAAGUAUUAAUUUAUCCAUACUCACCUCGCCAUCUUCAUCUACACCAACUUCUCUACCAUCCAUACCGGAAACAUUGACCACGAGAACCUCUUCUCCAUCUACAACGUCGGUCACGAAUAUUUCCACUCCGGGACAACAGACAUCCAGCCAACAGUCAACCUCAGAUAAUCCCCAAAACGUUACUCCGCAAUCCUCGCAGACUAGUUCCGCUGAUUCACCAACUCCCACGUUACCAACCACGUUCCCCGGAGGCUCUCCAACAACAGUGCCAGGUGCACAAUCUUCCCAUAUCCCGCAAUCUCCGUGGGGAAGCCCUGUCAACACUUCAAUUACGACUGGGAAUGGUUUCACAGUCUCAUCCACAUAUUCACCUACGCCCUCUGACGAUCCCGUAGGCAACCCGUCUUCCACUACUCUUCACUCACCCUUCGCUGGAGUUGCAAAAAAUGUCAUAAGCACGACAUCGCUCAUUACACACAGUGGGGAUACGUUCUAUUCGAUCACCUAUACUUCGAUCGGUACCUCCACUAUUAUAACAUACUCCUGUUUUGGGUCUACCUCAACGCUCGUGACCCUGACAUCGACAUCGACGUCCGUGAUUCGUACUACAACUCCAGUACCAACUUCGGGAACCAGGUCAAAUGAAGCCCUCAUCAUUGGAGGGAUUGUGGGCGGAGUUCUAGUACUUCUGCUUCUCGGUAUUGCAGUAUACUAUCUCAUUCGCCGCAGGCGGCGUUCGCGGGCCCAGCAGCAACUUUAUGGUAGUGAUCUUAACGCGCCAUACUCUCCAGCAGAAGCAACGACAAUGCGCGAGAAUCACCCUUUCAGUCCUACGUACAGCUCUGUGGUAGGAGAGCAAGGUGCGAGCGAGAGUCGUGGCGACCUGCAUCAGGCCUCGAACUCAUUUGGCUCAUCGGCCUUCCUUCACCCCUCAAUUGCCAGUUCCCCGCAUAAAUUCUCUCGUAGUUUGUCUGGGUCAGCAUUGCACGAGAACUUCGACAGGGAGUCGAACAAUGGCGACAUAUUUUCAUACAACGAAUCAGAAGGCAGUUUCGCGAGCGCACAGAGUUUUUACGCAUCUAGUGAUGAGCAAUCUAGCUCGAGUCGCGGUAUAGGUAUUGCGAUCGGCUCUCAAUCAAGCAUGAAUCUCCACUCAUACCAUACCGCCGCUACCAUGCUUGACGCGGGGGCUCACGCUAUUAUGGAUAAUGAUGAAGAAUGCUAUAGCCCCACACCAAGUCCUUCGGCAUUCCCUGUUCCCCCCGUGAACCCGUUCCUUGAUGGCGUCGAUCCUCGUUAUUUUGUGGCCUCUCGUGCACCACAAAUCUGUCAAGCGGUCCCAGCUUCAUCUGAAAACGCCGCACAAGCUCCAAUGAAUAUUCGUCAGUUCUUAAAGCUAAAAGCGUCUUUGGCGGCGGCUGUAAGCCCUGUAGAUAAUGAUCUCCCCACGCCAAAAGCAAUUCGGAGUUUCAAUGCGCUUCCAGGUGAUGAAGACGACGAUGAUUCAUCAAGUCAGGACCUCCGAACGCCCACGCAGUCCCGUCCCCAAGUCACGCCAUUCAAUUAUUCGUCCUCCAUCAUCAAUCCAUUUUUACGUGAAACGUCCUGGCAAAAGUUCCGUGAUGAUUCUGGGGGCAGUGACAGCUACGAGACUGUUUCCAUCACAUCUCCGUAUCCGUUCCAUUCCAGGGACAAGGGCAAGGGGAAAGAAUACCUGUCCGCUGACUUGAGGGAUGAUCCCAAGAAUAACAGAUUAUCGAAUGCUAGCUCCGCUCUUGAGUACCCCGAGAAUCCAGUAAGUCCUGAAACGGUUUUAGUGAAUUUUAUCAAUUUAUUACUGAUGCAACGUUAUGUUCAGUCGCAGUGUGGUCUUGCACUCUAAGCAGAUGACAGGAUUUAUAAAUUAUUAUUAGUUGGCCCACGCCCAUAGCUCAUACUCUUUUAAUCCUUGGGGAUUAUCUUAUUCAGACACACGCAUUACAAAAAAUUUCCUCACUGAAGUAUUUUACAUCGUAGCGGCGCUCGGUGCAGGUGAUUUUUUUGAUUAAUGACAUUC